UUAUAUAGGCAAUCCGAAUCUCUCGAGAUAUUUCUCUAUAAAAGAUGUAAAUCCAACUUUUCCCUAUCUCUACACAUUCAACUCACACCAAGUUUGUCAAAACACACUUCUACUCGUUAAAGGCAACAUGUGGACCUGGAUCUACUUUAUUCUUUUUACUCUACUCGAAAUUCUUCUGUAUCUAUUCAUCUAUGCUCUUGUGUUGCUGUAUAUCUCAAUUGUGCUGUUUGCCUUCGCCACCGGAUAUUUGUGCAAUAUUGCUUUUCGAAGGGAUCACGGCAUCGAAUUCUUUGUUGAUGCUGUUGUGAUUGGCAAUGUGUGCUAUGAAUACUGGACGGAUAAACACUACAAAAUUAAAAGAACCCGUAAAGUGGCCGUAAAGAAUGAGUGA